GUUUUGACAAAAUCAUGCUUCACUUUCGUCCUUUUCUACUUUUCUGUUUCUGCUUUAUCUCUUCUCGUUUUUCUCUCUACUAGUGGGAAUUCAAAGUUUCGUCAAUUUCUCUCUCUUCCCCCUUUUGUAGAUUUCACUUUUAAAAUUAUGGAAUUUAUUUAUCUAUUUUAAAUGGGGCGUUCUCUAGUUAAUUUCAAAUUUCUUUACAUGGUUUUCUUUUCUUAUGUGGCUUCUGCAAAUUUUGAAAAGUGAAAAUCUUAGACAGAUGUGUAGUUUGCUUAGUUAUCCAGCAUUUUCUGGGUAGCCAAACAGCGAUUUAAGGCUUUUUAUGGGGGUGAUAUGAAACAGUCUGUUGGGAUACAUAUGUAGUUGUUCUUUACUCUUUGUUUUGAGCUCUUCUAUGGUUCUUCUUGUGGAACUCCAUAUAAAGCUCUAAAGAUUAAAAAGAUCCUAGUUUUCUGUAUUGAGGUGAAAAGGAACCUGUGGCUUCAUGGGUCAGAAUCUACGGUAUUUGGAAAGUCUCUUUCUUGGUUGACUAUUCUAGCAAAUAUUGUAGUUUCAUGAGAGAUCUUUCUACCAAAAGGAGGAAGCUUGUCCAUUAAUUACAGUGCGGAUGCCUUCUUCAUUUCCCAGCUAAGGAAAUGGGAGCUUGUGUCUCAACUAGUAGUCGCAGUACUUGUAGUAGCAAGAGCAAUGGAGAUACAGUUCCCCCUCCUUGCUUGGGAAUUGGAUUCUGUGGGCAAAAGAAGACUAAAAGAACAUUCUCUGAUCAUGUAGUUUCACUUCAGCAUUUACCCUCCAUACCUAACAGGAUUUUCACCAAUGGAAAGAGCCGAACUUCUUGCAUAUUCACACAGCAGGGGCGCAAGGGCAUAAACCAGGACGCAAUGAUUGUAUGGGAAGAUUUCUUAUCAGAAGAUGUGAUUUUUUGUGGUGUGUUUGAUGGCCAUGGUCCACAUGGCCAUCUUGUUGCCCGCAAGGUGAGGGAUGCCCUGCCAGUUAAGUUACUAUCAUUCUUGCACUCUAAUCAGGCAAGACAAAAUGGCUCAGGUCAAACCUGUUUUAAGGGAAAUUCAAAGAAGUCAGAUGUUGGAGAUUCUGAGAAAGAUGGGUCCGCUGAGGACAAAUUGAAUUCUGUAUGGAGAGAAGCGUUCCUAAAGUCCUAUAAGGUCAUGGACAAAGAGCUGAGAUCUCAUCCUAAUUUAGACUGCUUCUGUAGUGGUAGCACUGCUAUCACUAUAGUAAAACAGGGCUCCAACCUUUUCAUGGGAUAUAUUGGGGAUUCUCGUGCAAUUAUGGGAUCUAAGGAUAGCAAUGAUUCUAUGGUGGCAGUCCAAUUGACUGUUGAUCUGAAACCUGAUUUGCCAAGGGAAGCAGAAAGAAUUAAGCGGUGUAAAGGUAGGGUCUUUGCAUUGCAAGAUGAACCUGAAGUACCAAGAGUUUGGUUGCCAUUUGAUGAUGCACCCGGACUAGCAAUGGCACGGGCAUUUGGGGACUUCUGCUUGAAGGAAUAUGGGGUGAUCUCUAUACCUGAAUUCUCUCACCGCCUGCUCACAGAUAAAGAUCAGUUCAUUGUUCUUGCCUCGGAUGGGGUUUGGGAUGUUUUGAGCAAUGAGGAGGUGGUUGAAAUUGUUUCAUCAGCUCCAACACGAUCAUCAGCUGCGAGAAUCCUGGUGGACUCGGCUGCCCGUGAAUGGAAGCUCAAAUAUCCUACUUCAAAGAUGGAUGAUUGUGCAGUGGUAUGUUUAUUUUUGGAUGGGAAAAUGGACUCAGAAUCUGAUUACGAGGAACAGGGAUUUUCGUCUGCAACCCUCCAGAGUAAUCAUUCUGGUAAUGCAAUUGAAUCAGAUGAUGGCCAGAAGUCUGAGCCAUGUUUGCAGAGGAAUUUUACUGUCAGAUCAUCGGAAGAAAAUGAUAAUUAUGGAAAAUUAGCAGUUGAAGUUGAUGGGGAAAUAGCGACCGGUGAAGAUCAGGGUUGGUCAGGUUUGGAAGGGGUCACGCGAGUGAACUCGCUCGUUCAACUUCCAAGAUUUUCUGAGGAAAGACCAAACACAUAAUUUCUUUUUUGGUAACUAUAGAGCUGGAAUGAGGCUGAUAUAAUUGUAUUAUUUUGGCUUUUGAGCCUCAUUAAAUUUAUGAAAAAUCCAGGGUUAGUGGCAUUUUGUUAGAUGUUUGUGCAGGUUAAAUUAUUGCCACAGCCUUAUGUAUUGCUGUGCCUCACAGAAAUGUUGUAUAACAGCUUUCAUCAAGGAAAAUGAACUGAAUCUAUAUAGUUGUGGUAUUAGGAUU